UUGAGUGAGGUCAUGAAGCCGGUACGCUCUGACAUAUGGCAGCAACAUGUCUCCUGUGUAGACAACCCUGGGAUUAGAAGUGAUUCACAGACAGGAUACCCUUUGCAGUACUGGAACAUGACACUGAAGAAGAUCUGUUGUAUCGGUGCUGGGUACGUGGGAGGUCCGUCCUGUGCGGUGAUAGCCUACAAAUGUCCUGAGCUACAGGUGGAGGUCGUUGACCUCAGCAAGGAAAGAAUAGCACAGUGGAACUCUGACAAACUUCCCAUAUUUGAGCCUCGGCUGACAGAAAUAGUGGAGGAAUGUAGGGGAAAGAACCUGACAUUCUCCACCAAUGUGGACAAAGCCAUCCAAGAAUCUGAACUGAUUUUCAUAUGUGUCAACACACCCACCAAGAACUUUGGUCUGGGCAAGGGGAGAGCAGCUGAUCUGAAGUACAUAGAGUCAGCGGCACGGAUGAUCGCCAGCGUCGCUCAGAGCUCGAAGAUUGUGGUGGAGAAGAGUACGGUUCCCGUGAAAGCCGCAGAAAGUAUCGCUCAGAUCCUGAAGGCAAAUGUCAAACCUGGAGUCAAGUAUCAGGUGUUAUCAAACCCCGAGUUCCUGGCUGAAGGGUCUGCUAUUAAGGACCUGCUGGAACCGGACCGUGUGUUGAUUGGUGGAGAGCAGACAGUGGAGGACCAGGAGGCUGUGAACGCGCUGUCGUGGAUCUAUGAACACUGGGUGCCUCGCUCGCAGAUCAUCACUAUGAACACGUGGUCGUCGGAACUCUCGAAACUCGCUGCCAAUGCAUUCCUUGCUCAGAGAAUAUCCAGCAUCAACGCGAUGUCGGCGGUCUGUGAAGCGACAGGGGCCGAUGUGGCCGAAGUGUCUCAUGCUAUAGGUACAGACAGCCGCAUCGGCUCCAAGUUCCUCAAGGCCAGUAUUGGAUUUGGAGGAAGCUGUUUCCAGAAAGAUGUCCUGAACCUUGUGUACCUGUGUGAGUGUCUCAAUCUGCCAGAAGUAGCAGCAUACUGGCAGCAGGUGGUCAACAUCAAUGAUUACCAAAGAAGAAGGUUUGCGAACCGGAUCAUUGAGUGCCUUUUCAACAGCGUCACAGACAAACGCAUUGCAAUACUCGGCUUUGCCUUCAAGAAAGAUACCGGAGACACGAGGGAGUCAGCAGCUAUUUAUUUAUCUAAAUAUUUGAUUGAAGAAGGAGCUCACAUCAGAAUCUACGACCCUAAAGUGGAACACUGUCAAAUCAAAAGGGAACUGACAGAUCCGGAUCUUGGAUUAAAUGCUGACAUGGUGACUGACCUCGUGACACUGUGUACCGACGCCUACCAGGCUUGUAACAACUGCCACGCACUCGUUAUCUGCACAGAGUGGGACGAGUUUAUUAGACUUGAUUACAAGACAAUUUACAGCAAAAUGCUGAAGCCAGCCUUUAUAUUUGAUGGACGGACUAUACUCGACCACAAGUCUCUAAUUGAAAUUGGUUUCCACGUGGAAACGAUCGGGAAAAAGCUUGCCAGAAAACAGAUACAUCGAUCUAUAUCAGCCGGGGUGCAGUAAUCAAGAGAAGAAGUAGUGUUAGUCUCUAGAAAUACAUCAGACAAUCUCAGAGGGAAAUGUGUUAUCAUACUUAUCACUGGUUUAUAUGGAAAUAAUUUAUUUCAUUUCUUGGUUCAUCUGGAAACAGGUACAUGUUUUGUGAUUAUGCAAAAAGGUUAUUUCAUUACUUGAUCAUCGGGAAAUAUGUUAGUUUCAUUACUUGACUAUGUGGCAAUGUUUUCAUGAUUAUUCACAGUUUUUCCAUUACUUGAUUGACUGAAAAUAAGUCAUUUCAUGAUAUGGUUCAUCUUGAAAUGUGAAAAUGUUAUCAUAAUUAUUCACAAAAGUUCUUUCAUUAUUGGAUCAUCUGGAAAUAAGUUAAUUCAUUACUUGUUCAUCUGAUAAUAAGUUAUUUCAUUACUUGAUCCAUCUGGAAAUAAGUUAUUUCAUGACUUGAUCCAUCUGGGAAUAAGUUAUUUCAUCACUUAAUCCAUCUGGGAAUAAGUUAUUUCAUCACUUAAUCCAUCUGGGAAUAAGUUAUUUCAUGACUCGAUCAUCUGGGAAUAAGUUAUUUCAUCACUUAAUCCAUCUGGGAAUAAGUUAUUUCAUUACUUGAUCAUCUGGAAAUACAUUAUUUCUUUGAUUGCAAGAAUGAAAUAUGGUGUUCAUUAUAUUAAAGCUGUUAUUAACUUUACAGCUUGUGGGAUAUCAAAUGUAUUGGGUUUAUGCAAUGUAUACUUUGAAACUGACAGAUCACUUAAGAUAUAUUAUAUGCUUACAGUGUAAGUUUGUGUCAUUUUUUACUAACAUUAGCUUUUUGGAUCUAUUUAUAUUUUUUAAUAUGUAAAACACAAUUUCAUUAUUUAUUACCACAAAUGAAAUUGUUGUUAUGUUAUUGGUAUGUUUGUUGCUUAUACAUCUAUUCAUUGUUAUUUGAUCUUAUAAUACCUUUGUUGAGGCUGUCUUGUAGUGAUGGAGGGGGAUAUUUUCCUGCUGACACUCAACAUCCCAUGUGUUGUUUUAGGUCUGGUGCAUGGGCAUCAGAAAAUAUGAGCAACAGGAGGUGGGGGGCAAUUAUUAAUUCACUUUUCAUCAGAGGGGGACAGAUGGGUGGGGGCAGUUAUUUAUUCAACUUUGAACAGAACUAGGAGGGGGGGGGGGGGGGACAUAGCCCAGUAGUAUAACACGUAUUGAUGCGCAGUCGGUCUGGGAUCGAUCCCCGUCGAUGGUCCCAUUGGGCUA